AGCUUUCAUUUUCUGUGAAGUCCACACCCCAAAAGUGAAUCAGCUCUUACGUCAGACGUCUCACUCUGCUCAACACAACAGUUGAAUCGACGGCAGUUUCCUGUAUUACAGACAUUAUCCUGCGAGAUAAAAGGGAACUUACUAAGCUGAGGACCUUUGGUCUGUAAGAGCAAAUCUGUCAAUGGCUUCAAAGACCAUAAACUUCAUCACUUGGAAUGUUAAUGGACUUAAAAGACAAAGAGAUCAGAAAUUUCAAGAACUACAAAAUGCUGACAUUGUUUUUUUACAAGAGACACACAUUGGAGUAGGAGAUAUUAUAGAACACUAUAAAGAUGAGUGGGAUAUUUUCUACACAAAGUACACCUCCUCCAGGAAGGGAACAGCCAUACUAGUGAGGAAAAGCCUAGAUUUUGAACACAUAAGCAAUGAAAAAGAUAACUGUGGAGCUUAUGUUGUAUUGAAAUGUAAACUGAAAGGUCAGCCAUACACUCUGGUUAGUGUUUACAACCAUCACACAGACACAAAAACCCUUGAUAAACUUUCAAGGUACCUGCAGGCAAUGACCACAGGACUGCUGGUGAUCGGUGGAGAUUUCAACACAGUUCUGAAUAGAUUUAUUGACAAAAAAUGGAACAAGAUUACAAACAGCACUCAUAGUAAAUUGCUUUCAUUUGUAGAGAACUUCAUGAAAUCUCUACAGCUGGUUGAUAUCUGGAGAAGAAAGAACCCCAUAAAGCAGGAUUAUACGUACUACAUAAAGGACUCUCCUGUGUCCAGACUGGAUUACUUCUUCAUUCCAGAAGAAUGUAUGUGGCGUGUCAGAAGUUGUGACAUAAGAGAUUUAGAAAUGAAUGAAAACAAAGACCAUCAGCCUGUGUUUCUAGAGGCAAACAUUUCUGCAAUAACUUUUCAUAAAGUUUGCCCGAUACAAUCAGUCAUCCAAAGGAUGAAUUUAAAAAAGGAUCGUCUGACACAUGAGACAAGUUCAUUACUGGGUGAAGAAAGCCCACAUGCAGUCAGUGAGGUUGACAUUGUGUCAGCUGUUAAUUCUCUUCAAGUGUCAGACACACCGAGACCAGACGGCAUCCCAGUUUCCUUCUACAAAGACAACAUUCAGGAUCUAAUUCCAUACAUAAAGAUGCUCUAUGACAGAAUCCACAGCGGUGCAUUUAACUGCUCUGAGAAACGCUUUAAUGAAACUGUGAAAAGUCAACAUGAUGAUAAUCAACACUUCUUUAAUGUGGACUUCCUCAUCAUUGCAACUAUUCUGGCAAAACGUCUUGAAGACGUCUUGGAGUCUCUUCCAAAAGGGCAAAUACCAAAAGAUUCAGCUACUCUCAUGAUCACUCCCAAAACACAUUAUGCUUUAAUAAGUUUAAGUCAUAUUAAGGAUGAGCUGGAACAGCAAAAAAAUUCAAACCCGACUCUGAGCCAGGAUCUUCUCAUAAUAGAAAACCUCCUCAAUGAUGCAGAAGAAGAUUUUUCAGUGGAGAAAUACAAAGUGCUGCAUCAGUGUUGCCCUUUGACCCCAGGACUCAUUACACUUGCUCUGAAAAGCUACGCCUCACAGUUAUUUGACCAUUUAGAAAACUUUGGGAUUUUUACUUUCAAACAAAGUGUGAUAGUUUGCUUUCAACCUGAGGACCUAGAUAACGUCAAAGCUACUGUGAAGAACAGUGUUAGUGAUGUAUACGAAAUGGAGAUAUUAUCCAGAGGAAAUGGUGAACUGCUUCGAUUAAACUGCUCAGGAAAUGAUUGUAAGGAUGAGGACUGUGAUGACUGGUACAUGGAGACAUUUCUGAAUAACGAAGAAAAAUCAGCAGAAAUUUGCACUCAAGUAGAUGAAAGGGAUGCUGGGACUGAAUAUGAUCAAAAUGAAUCAAUGGAUGUUGAUGUAAGAUCAGCCAUUUGUGGAGCCCCAAAAGAAGAGAUGGAAGCAUAUCAUGGGAUGAGGAAGAAUACACCUCCACUGCUUCCUGUCCCAUCACAAUCUAGAACAAGUACUAAAAGAAAACGAGAUCAUGAAUCAUCUGACUUGAAUAUAGAGCCACCACUGACAACAGAUAUGAUCAUGGAGAAUGCUAGACAAAUUCUGAAAAGAGUCACUAAAAACACCAAUCAAAUCAAUAUAGGCAGCAGGAAGAAGGCAACCAUAGGGAUUUUUGGAAAAUCAGGAGAAGGAAAGAGUUCCCUUUUAAGUGCAAUCUUGGGGAAAAAGGAUCUCUUACCGUCUGGUUGUUUUGGUGCCUGUACAGCUGUUGUUACUCAGGUGGAAGCCAAUCUGAAUGACUCCAACUACAAAGCAGAGAUCGAACUCUUUUCUCAAGAGGAAUGGAAGAAUGAGCUCAAAGAUCUUUUCAGAAAUCUAAAAGAUGACAGUGAGGACAGGAAUGAGGACUUGUUUGAAAUUGCUAAAGAAAAGAUCACUGCGUUGUAUGGCGUUGAUACAGACCAGAAAACAUUAGAAGAGCUCAAGAAUGAUAUAAAAUUUGCUGAGAUUAAAACUUUUUUGUCUAUCAGUAAGAAAAUAAUCUCAAACAGUAAUCUUUCUGAAUUUACCAACGAUGUUGCCAGUUACAUACAACACAGUGAGGCAAAUCCUGGUGACUGGUACUGGCCGCUUGUGAAAAGUGUGACGAUCAUGAUACCAGACUGUUGUGAACUCCUGGAACACAUUGUGCUUCUUGAUCUUCCUGGGACUGGAGACUGCAACAAGAUUAGAGAUGACCUGUGGAAAUCUAAACUGAGAGAGUGCUCUUCUGUGUGGAUUGUAAGUGCUAUCAAUCGAGCAAUCACUGACAGAGACCCCUGGGGGAUAUUAAAGCACUGCAUUGAAGAACUGGGACCAGGAGGAAAAUGCAAAAAGAUCAACUUCAUCUGUACGAAGACUGAUGAUAUCAAUGAAGGAGCCUAUUUUAGAGCUGCGCGACUUCUAGAGGACCAAAUCUCAGAAGACAAGGUUUGGAAUGUAUAAGGACAAUACUAUCAGUGUUUCUGUAGUAUGGCCCCUUUGUUUUCAUAGACCAGUAUCUAAUUUAGCUGUCAGUUUCCCCUGUAAAUGUACUGUUGGUUUUACUUAUGUCAGUGAGAGCUCAUAUCAUUGUAACUGCAAUUUAAAGAAUAUAAUAAUUUACUAAGGUGAAAAAGAGAACCUGUAUAGUACAUAAUCAACCCAUGAUUCUCAUUUUACAAUAGACCU